AUGUCCGAGCAGGAGGUACCUCCCUCUAUUGCGCAACGUAUUGUUAUAAAGUUUUUAGCUGCAGAAGGUGUAAAACCGGCCGAAAUCUUGAGAAGAUUGACUGCACAGUUCGGGGAAAAGACGCUGUCGCGAGCUAGAGUGUUUGCUUGGCAUAAACAGUUCGUGGAGGGCCGUGAACGUGUUGAAAAUGAGAGCCAUGACCGCAGACCCCGCACCAGCAUUACAGCGGGCAACAUCGACAGUGUUCGUCAACUUGUUGAAGGUGAUAGGCGUCUAACAACUUCGGAUAUUGCAAUUAAGGUUGGAAUAAGUUAUGGGAGCACUUACUCUAUACUCUCAGAGGAGCUAGGGUAUCGCAAGGUGUGUGCCAGGAAAAUGCGCAAUGUUCAAUUUUUUAAAUAUGUCAUGAAUAAUCCAAAAAAUAUGCCACGAUUAUCGGAAACAUCCCAUCUCAUUAUGUUCGAGGAGAGCCAACUUAAAUGCCCUGCAUAA